AGUGAUGGGCACUGAUAGGCUCCAUUGAUGGACACUGAUAGGUGGCACUGAUUGACAUUGACAGGCAUCACUGAUGGGCACUGAUUUGCAGCACUAAUAGGUGGCACUGAAAGACAGCUCAGAUGGGCACUGAUAUGUGGCAUUGAUGUGCACUGGUAGGCACUGAUAUGUGGCAUUGAUGUGGCACUGGCAUGUGGCACUGAUGAGCACUGACAGGUGGCACUGCUGGGGCUACACUGAUCAUCAGGGCACACUGAUCAUCACUGAUCACAUGACCGAGCCGACAUGUUCGGCUCUUUCCGUGGAUCAGUGAUCCACUGUGUCUGAGGGACA